AUGAGGCUUCGCCGCCUCUGUGAAAAGAAGGCAUCAGGUCGCCUGCAAGUCACCCCUGAGAUCCAUGACCAGUGGGCCAGAGGGUGCAGGGAUGAGCUGUGCCUGGCCAUGGUGAAUGCCUUGAAAAUCCAUGGCACAGAGGACUCCAAGAAGACAAGGGAUGCUGCAGAGUUUGGACAGCAAAUGGUCUACGUCAAGGAGCGCCAAAAGGAGAAGGAGCAGGAAAUCGAAGGAGGGUGGUACACGGAGGAGAGGAUGGCAUCGGAGUUGAAGUACAGCGCGAAGAAUCUCAUCAAGAAGAUCAAGAACUACUGCAUGAGGUUUGCAGCUGUCCUUACAAGAAAGUGGAAGUAUGAUGAGAGUGUGCUGGAGUACUUUGUGCAAACGCACGACAAAGUCACUGUGAAGAGACGUGAUAUUGAGAAGACACAGUGGACAGAGGACAUGGAGGUGGACGAGGAGAUGCCUGAGAUGGAGAUGAU